GUUUGAUCCAUCUUGCUUUACAGAUACCUCCUAGUGACGGCGCAAGACGACCCCGCGAAUCAAUCCAUCGGACUGGCUCCGAUAUAGCAAUCGAUAACGAGAACACCCAACAUGCACUUCACAAAGAAGAUCGACCGAGCCUUCCAAUGGGCCGGCGAAAAGAUGGGCGGCGAAGCCCGAACUGCUCAUUCUGACGAGUUCAAGAACCUCGAGACUGAGAUGGCUUUGCGACAGGACGGCAUGGAAAAGAUGCAAAAGUCCAUGACCGGCUACGUCAAGUGGUUGUCCCGUCGCAAUGAACUAAUGGAGGACAAGGAGCGCGGCACCCCAAUGUCGGCUCUUGGCCGAACCAUGGCUACUCACGGUGAGGACUUUGAGCAGGAUUCCGAGUUCGGAAACUGUCUCUUGUCUUUGGGUCGUGCCAACGAGCGCAUUGCUGGUAUCCAAGACUCGUACGUUGACAGCGCCAAUGCGACUUGGCUGGACAACCUCGAGAGGAGCCUGGCAAUGAUGCGAGAGUACCAGAACGCUCGCAAGAAGCUCGAGAACCGACGCCUCGCCUACGAUGCCAGCACAAACAAGCUGCAAAAGGCCCGCCGUGACGAUUUCCGUGUCGAAGAAGAGGUUCGCAUGAACAAGGCCAAGUUUGAGGAGACCAGCGAGGAUGUUCUUCGUCGCAUGCAAGACAUCAAGGAAACAGAGGUGGACAACAUUUCCUCUCUGACCCAGUUCCUUGAAGCUGAGCUCGACUACCAUGAGCGUUGCGCUGAGGAGCUGCGACGUGUGCGCCAGAGCUGGGCCGGCGGUGCAUCUUCACCUACCAGUGCUCCCAAGAUCGGCCGCAGUCGAUCCAACACCGCUCGUUCUUGGCAAGAGCCUCGGCACCAGGCCGUCUACGAAGAACCCGAGCCUGAACAAGAAUCUGCCCGCAUUCCCCAUCGUUCUCCUGCCAGCCGUCUUGCACCUCCUCCUCCUCAACCUGCACGACCCCCGAUCGGACGCGCCUCAACAUUUGAAGGCCGCUCCUCUACAGCUACACCACUUGCCAAUCUCAGAGUUCCUGGUGCUCCUUUGACACGCGUCGCUACGGACGGCGGUUCAUAUGGACGACACGACGAUGUAUUCUCUGAUGAUGUUUCAACCAGCAGAAGCGGCAGUCCCGAUUGGGAACAACGCGCUGCCAGCCCUGCUACUAGCUAUGGAAGUUUGAGUCGAAGCACAAGUGGAUUGGCUCUUGGAAAGAAGCCACCACCACCACCUCCCAACAGGGCCAAGAAGCCCCCGCCUCCUCCUCCUGCGAGAAGGGAAAACCUGGGGUACUGAUUGAUUGAUGUAUUAUGAGACAAAUUGGGCAAAUUGGGUACAUGGGUGACCGGCGUUAGGGAAUAAUCUGCUUGACAAUAGAGUCAUUGUACGCGAAAUGCGUCUAAU